UUCCUGGAAAGUUCUUGGAAAUCUGUCAAUGGUGUUUCCUUUCUCGGUCUAAAGCACUAGACGCCUGCGCCCCUGUUCCCCUCCAGGCAGCCGCAAAGCCCGCGGUUCUAGGAAGAUGCGGCUUCCGGGAAGGGCUGGGACGCAGCGGACAAAAGAUUAGGAGGCGCCUGGCCCCGCCCCACCCGCCCAGCCCGUCCCCCCUCGUUCUUCCAAGCUGCUCGCACCACAGCCUUUCAGUCCCUGAUCGCCGCCGGUGCGUCCCGGGACCCUGACCUUCGCACGCCUGGCACCCACUGGCUCCAUUCUCCUUCCAUCCCGCCGAACUCCAACCCUCGAGCCGCCGUUGCCUCUGGGACAUGGUCCUCUGCGUACAGGGGGUGGUACUGGGGUUCCAUUACAGCCAGCGAGGCCCGGCAGCACCUACAGAAGAUGCCGGAGGGCACAUUCCUAGUGCGAGACAGCACUCACCCCAGCUACCUGUUCACGCUGUCCGUCAAAACCACUCGUGGCCCCACCAACGUACGCAUAGAGUAUGCCGAUUCCAGCUUCCGACUGGACUCCAACUGCUUGUCAAGACCUCGAAUUCUGGCCUUCCCAGAUGUGGUCAGCCUUGUGCAGCACUAUGUGGCCUCCUGUGCGGCUGACACCCGGAGUGACAGCCCAGAUCCUGCUCCUACCCCAUCCCUGCCUAUGCCUAAGCAAGAUGCACCUGGUGACUCAGUGCCGCCUAUCCCCGUGGCUACUGCCGUGCACCUGAAAUUGGUACAGCCCUUUGUGCGCAGGAGCAGCGCCCGCAGCUUACAACAUCUGUGUCGGCUAGUCAUCAACCGCCUGGUGGCCGACGUGGACUGCCUACCACUGCCCCGGCGCAUGGCUGACUACCUCCGACAGUACCCCUUCCAACUCUGACUGGGGCAGGCACCCUGCCCUGCCUCACACAGUUACAUCCUGAAGGGGACACAGGCCCCAGCUGGACUUGGGGUCCUGCUGUUUCUUCUUCAGUCAUCCUGGUGCCUGCAUGCAUGUGACAGCUGGACCAGAAAGUGCCAGCAAGAACAAAGAAGGUGGAGGAGGGGUUGUCACACAACUCAGAGGUCAAUGCCUUCAGGUCCCGCAUGGCUCUUUGCGGUAAGCCACGUAUCAGAGCAGAGCGAGACAGGCAGGACCUCGUCUCUCCCCAGAGGCUGGACCUAAGCCUCCAUUCACUUGCCUGCCCUGGCCACUUGAACUUGUCUAUUCUCCCAGCCCUGGUUUCUUAAUCUGCUGAGUAGGGCAGGCCCCCUACCCAUCUAUAGAGUAGCAAGCCUGUUUCUGGGAGAAUAUCAGCCAGAGGUUGAUCAUGCCAAGGCCCCUUAGGGGGAAGCAGGCUGGGCUAGGGGACUACACAGUUAUACAGUAUUUAUUUAUUUAUUCUCCUUGCAGGGGUUGGGGGUGGGGCGAUGGCGUGAGCCAUUCUACUUCUCUGCCCUAAGCCCUGGGUGGUCCAAAGACCCCUCCAGCUCUGGUUCUUCCCUGUGGAGACCUCCAUCCUGAGACAUUUUUGGGCUCAAAGUAGUCCUGAAUGUCCUGGGCCUGUCCACCUGCAUAUGGAUGUGCCCACUCUUCUCUCAAGCCUCUUUUGGGAGGCUGGGUGACCAGACAGACAGGAGCCAGAAACACAAGGGCUCCAACUUAUCUCCUCACAAGGCAGCGCCAUGGUUGCAUAGAGCUGGUUUCUCUAUGGUGCAGGCCCCUGCCAAGGGGCAUGUCCUGGGUCAGAAAAGAAAUGCUAGUCCAAGGGCCGCAGCUGCAGCUCUUUUGUGUCUGCUUCCUGCCCAGGAAGUUGCCUGCACGUGAGAGAGGGAUAAAUACAUACAUACCUUACGAGACUUUAUAAAACAAGUAUUAUAACACAAGAACCAGUUUGGGAGUUUUUCUUCCACUGAUUUUUCUGUAAUGAUAAUAAAAUUAUGCCUUCCACUUACAGAGCCUUCAAUGAGGCGUCUGGAGUUGUGCAUUGUUUGUCCCCUUUAAUUCUCGUGUCACGAUCCACUUCACAUCUCGAAAAGCCAAAGCUCAGAACUUUAACAACCCCAUAGUCUCUGCCAGGGGACUAUAGGGUACCUUCACCCUUGUUUCCCUUGGGAGAUGAGAGACAGGGGGUGACCGUCCAUUGGCAUGCCUUCUGGGGUACUAUCCAUUGCACUGCUGGAUAUAUUGGGAACAGGCAGCAGAGCAGCUCCAAGCCCAAGAGGAAGGCCCCAUUCAAAGCGGGCAUGGCAGCCAAUAACUUGACAAGAGGAAGCCACAGAAUUCAGACCAGCCUUGCAAAGAGAAAGUACAGUGGAUAAAAGUGUACUGAAGUACAGUGAGGAUUCCAGACCUGGACCUAACAGGAUUCUUCUGAGCAGUAGGUAGGUCAGUUGAAUCAAGGAUAGUGACCGAUGAGCUGGUAAGGUCAGGCCUGGUGGUGUCAUAAUUCUGCAUCAGGCCGUUUGGAGUCAGAGGACCCUCCCCUCUUAGUCAAGAUCUUGAACAUCAGAAAUGCAAUGAAAAUGAAAACCUUGUCCAGGGUUGAAGGUCUGGCUCGGGAAUAUGCAGGCUACUGGGAUCCUGCUAGAAUAUGAGGGUGUCACAGCAAAGCGCCUCCAAACUGUGCUCCUGGCCUUUUAAACCUUGUUUUAGAAACAAUUCAGGAUGUGUUCCUAGUCCUCAGAUCAUUAUAAGCUGCAAAUUACAAGAGGCCAAUAUAGUGGCUUGAGAGCCUCUAAGGAGUGGCAUCCUGAUAAGGAAGAG